CUCAGUGAUCGUGAAUUCGUGACUCAAUCAAGAAUCAAGCAAAGCUUUUAAACUUUACCAACUUGUUCGUUUCGUGCAAACGUAAUCUGCAACUCAAUAAUCAUUGCAAUUUUGAUCGAAACCGUCAGUGAUCUCCGGGUAUCGCGUGAAAUUGAAUUCGUGAUUCAGAUGUUGUCUAUAAUUUAGUUCGGCGCUGUGCGAUACUUGAAAAAUCCGCGUCAUGUGUGCUUCUGUUUGUUGUUUGGCAUUUGUUUGCACCUGCGUCCGUCUCCCUCGCACGCGCACGCCCAGCUGCGCCUGCGCAUCCUCCCGAACACAUGCCGCCUGUUGAGAUUCGUGCAAGAUGCGCGCCAUCUGACAUCGUCGCUCAUGUUGUAAUCCGUUUUAUUUCACUACGUUUGUUGAAAUUAUGCCAAGUGGUCCUAAAAUAGGUCAGCUUCGCCACUUUGUUUCGUCUGAUUGCAACGCGACUUCCUAUUGCGAUGCGCUUAAAUAACUGCGGAUUCAAUGUGAAUUAAGUGCGGGCUAUUGAAGAGAUGAGGUCAUAGUUAUGGUCGGAAUGACAGACAAUGCGUGGCGCGCACCGGUCCGGGGGAGAGGCGCGGCGGCGGGGUCCUGCAGGGUCUGAGCUCGCCCGGUGCCGCGACCCACUCAGUCAUUUUGUCCGUUCCGUGCGCGGCGCGUGCGCUCCUGCGAGCCUACUUAAACUACAUUCCUCAUACAUUUUCAAUAAAAAUGGAUAUUAGUGCCGACUCAAAUAGUGUAACAAGACUUAGUUCAUCAAGAAUUUGGUGAAUCCGGCCGGAUUUGAUAGUCGUUAGCCGCUACGGUCCAAAGAACAAUGCUGUGGGAAAAAAUAACGUUCAGCUGGCAUCGGCAGUCGUUCCCAGCUACCUUCCCCUCUGCUCCCCCCGCGCGCCCCGCCCGCCCCUCGCGCCGGGUUCAAUGCGCCUCUCCGACGGGUUUAUUCAUCGUUUGUGGGAAAAGUUGACCCCCCGUUUAAAUAUUGUUAACAAAUUCACACGAUUUUGGCGACUGCCGGAUCCUUGAUCUUGGUGCGGGAAUCAUAGUGUUAAUUUAUCUCGAGGUGCUAAACAUUAAAUUAAAUUUUAAAUACCCAAUGCUAACAUUUUGUAAGAUUAAACAACAACAGGAAAAAACUGUUUAAACGUUAUAUUUUUUUGUGAAGCGUCAAGAUUAGAUACUUGCGACAUUCCGCGGCAGAACUGUGCUAGGUAUUUGCUCGUAGCUUUGCAAUGUUUAAAUUAGUUUCGAAACACUCGAAAUUUUUAUCUCGGGUUUAGUACGUGCGAGUGUGUACCGACUGCGUAACAAAGUCACACCAUUGAAGCUGUCGUCGUGUCGAGUGGUCGCCGCCUCCGCCACUGCUGGAUGCAAAUGUCAAAGUUGACGAGGAUGUGUCUACGGUUGUGUUUAAAAUUAGUGUCCGGAAUGCAGCCGGUGUCACCGCAGUGAAGUAGUGUUGUGCUCUGUGAAUACCUCUUGUGAAACGUGUACGCGUAGUAUCGACAAUGGGGAACCAAGGCUCGUCCCCGCACGAGCCUCUGGACCGUGCCCAGGUGCAGAAUAAUCCCGAUCUGAAAAUGAAGUCAUCAGUGCGCAGUUCAUUCCGUCGCUCUCGCACCGGUGGCACUGGCGCGCUGUCGCCCCCCCGCGCGGGCAUGGAGCGGCUGCGGCGUUCCUUCCGCGAGUCGUUCCGGCGCCGCAAGGGCGGGGAGCCCCCGGAGUCGGCGCGCCCGCACCAGUGGCAUGCGGACGAGGCGGCCGUGAGGGCAGGAACAUGUACCUUCCAUGUGAAGUAUCUGGGCUGUGUGGAGGUGUUCGAGAGCCGGGGCAUGCAAGUCUGUGAGGAGGCCAUCAAAGUACUUAGGAACUCCCGACGGCGGCCAGUCCGUGCCGUGCUGCACGUCAGCGGCGACGGCCUGCGCGUGGUGGAGGAAGAGACGAAGGGCCUGAUCGUGGACCAGACCAUCGAGAAGGUGUCCUUCUGUGCGCCUGACAGGAACCAUGAGAGGGGGUUCAGUUACAUUUGCCGCGAUGGCACAACCCGUCGGUGGAUGUGCCACGGCUUCCUCGCGUCCAGAGACAGCGGGGAGCGCCUCUCGCACGCGGUCGGAUGCGCCUUCGCAGCCUGCUUGGAGCGGAAACAGCGAAGGGAUAAGGAAUGUGCCGUAUCCAUGAGCAUAGACGCGGCGAGUCAUGCCUUCACACGGCAAGGGUCUUUUAGGAAAUCAGCGUAUUUCGAGGACGAGCUACAAGGAUUUACCAAUGAGUGGGUUAUAAUGCCUGAGCCACAAAUUACGGAGAUGCCGGUAGAUGUUCCACCCCCAACUAAAGGUCGUGAUAGACGUUCGACUCUAAACCCGUCCCGCCGUGCAUCAGAGGCGGAUGCGUCGAUAAUCUUACCCCCCGCGCAUACCAACCCAUUUACUAACACGCCUGUCACCCGGAAUGUGAUAACGCCGUCCCGUCGCGCGUCUGAAGCCGACGCGCCGCCGCCGCCCGCGCCGCGCGCCGCGCACAACCCCUUCGCGGUGGAGCGGCCCCACGCCGCGCCGCAUCUGCUGGAGCGCCAGGGCAGCUUCCGCGGGUUCGCGCAUCUUAACAACAGUUCCCCGUUCAAGCGGCAGAUGUCUCUGCGCAUCAGCGAGCUGCCAUCGAACGUGGAGCGCGCGCGCGCCGGCCUGGGCUCCCCGCCGCGCGCCGCCGCCUCGCCGCCGGCGAACAAGCCUAGUGUCGGGAAUACUGCUGAGGAGAACGGCACAGCGGAACCUUCAGACCCAGUAGCGGCCAUGUGUCAGCAACUCUCCUCAGGUUUACGAGCAUUAACCGAGGAGCCUGUGCCCAUAGCCCCUCUCCCCGUGACCCCCGCCCUGCCUCACCCGGACCAGUGGCUGGGCAGGAUAGCCCGCGCGCCCAACCUGGGGGCCGCCGGCCGCGCCGCCUCGUAUGCCGGACACUCCACCACUAACCCCUUCCUGACACCUGUACCCACGCCGAAUUUGUAAAUUAGGUGAAUUGACGGGCAGAUUUUUAGUUUGGAAAGGGAUAAGGGAUGGAAUGAUUUAACGGUGAAUACGUUAAGGGCGUAAAUGAAUUAAAAGUGUGGAUGCUAUGCCGUAUUAGGCGAUAGCAGGACUGUGGAAGUUGAGUCGGUAUAAAAACUUAGCCCACGCCUAAUCUGUAAAUGAGAUGAAUUGACCGGGUGGAAUUUAAGUUGGAAUGAUUUGAAGGUUAAUGCGUUGAGUUUGAUUAAAAGUGUGGAUGCCAUGCCGUAUAAAGCUAUAGUAGGAUUGUGGAAGUCGAGUCGGUAUUCAAACUUAAAACAUGAUAAAGCAUUGGGUAUAUAGAGCGGCUGUUAUGUGUACUUAACUUUUUUAAAGGUUGUCGAGCGAUCUUUUUUUAUUGGAAUUGAUUAGGAAAGGGAGGAUGAUACUUUUUGGGUUUGUAACUUUUGAUGAGGAGUAGGGAAGUGGCAUGAGGGUAGUAAAGUGAGGAGCUUACAAACUGUUUUUCAACCAACAGUUCCUUUUUAAACUGCCUACAUUGCGUCCCUAGUAGACGAAAUCAUAAUUCGUAACAUACGGAAUCUAUGGUAAUAAAUUAAUGUGGCAGGGAUCCUCAAAAUCCGGACGGUUAAAAUAGAUUUUCACCACACCGGGUGUUCUUAUUUAUGUAUCUGAGAUCAUGUUUCUUUUGCCAGUACAUAACCAGAUAGUAACUAUAAAAAUCUUCAGUGAUAUAGUAUUAGUACAAAGCACCGUACAGAUAGAAGCACCAAGAUCAGGAUUGUAGUAUUUUUAAAUAGUAAUGUUUUCGUCCUGUAACCUAACAUGUAUUUUUGGGAAAUAUAUUUACUCCUACGUUAUUUAAGUACCAACAAGGCCUGUUCAAAUUGUCAUCAGGUUUAAAAUUAUUAGGAGGUAUUAUUAAAAAUAUUAACACAUCAAAAUUAUGGUGCGUAACUUAAAGUACCUUUUGAACUUAGGAAACUUUAUAAUACAGGGCUUAUAUUUUUCUUCGGUAUUCAAUAUUAAAAUCGUAGUAACUUAAUAAAAUUUGUUCAAUUUAUUUUUCAGUAAUAAAUAAAUAUUAUUAAUCAUCUGUUUGUCUACCCUGUUUAAAAUUAAAGUUUUAAAUAAUUGUGAAAUCAAAAAUAUUUAUUCGUCUCUAAAUACGCCAGUCAUUGGCGCUUAUAUUAACCCUGUUACUUGAAAUAUUAUACGAGAAUUAUAUUUCAUAUUUACUUAGUGAUUGUUGUACUUAAAUUAUCUUGUCAUAUCGCACUGUGCUUGGCUUGCACAUUAAUAUUAAGUUUAGUUAGUAGAAUCUGAAUCGUCCAAGGACAGUAUUACUGAUGAGCCAACGAUCGUAGAAGAGUCACUGAACAAAAUAAAGUAAUUAACUAUUUUGCCAUUAAUAAAUACAAAACAACCAAACUACGUAAGGAAAUUUUGAUACUUUUAUUUUUUGUAAAUAUUGUAUAUUUGUAGGAUACUUACUUACAUUUUGCUGUUGGUUGAUCUGUUUUUAAGUACUUAUAUAUAAUUUUGUAUUCUAUAACUUAGGAAAUGUGGGAUAUUGUUUGGGGAUGGUCAGACUUUUUUUUUACUUAAAUUGAGUACUUACAUGUUAUUUUUAACUUAAUUUCGUAGUUUUUCUCAGUCUUAAGUUUUUGUUAGGUUUUUUUUAAUGCCUUAUCUACGUACUUAGUAAGCGCCACAUAAGAUGCGAUACAUAUUAACAACUCUUUGUUACCACAUUUUUAGUUAUGAUACAAAGGUGGUAUACAUUCAUACAUUCCAAAUCAAUAAAUAUUAAAAAUUAAACAGAUAGUUAUGAAUUUUGGUGUCUAUUAACGACAAAAUUAUUCUAAACGAAUAUUAUAUGGCUAAUAGCAGUUUCUAGCUUUUAAUGUUAUCUCGCUGAACAGGUUAGAUAAAUAAAAGCAAAUUCUUCAAGAAAACUGCCUGAGCGCCGCUCACAUAUGCAUUGUGUGAUAGAUACUAUUUAAAUGUAAUAAUGCACUCAAUAUAAAAUCGCACUAAAUCUGUAUGUGGUUGUAAGAAGUACAUAAACUACUCAUGUAAUAUUCUCGUACGUAGCUUGUAAUAUAUAAUUUAUGACGACUUGAACUUAUAUGUAUAUAUCUGUAAUCAAAAUUGUUGACAAUCGGACAAAAUGUACGUACUUAAUUUUGCUAAAUUGUUUCUCGAUAAUUACUUGUUGGGUAUUUUUUUUUUUAUAUUUACAGUUAUUUUAUUUUUUAUCUAAAGCAUUGUACAUAGUUGCGAAUAUGUAGAUAUUUUAGACAAUGUAUUUGAGAGUUCAAAUAUUAUGAAAAUAAUAAAUAUUACGUUUAGUUGAA